CUGCUCCCGGAGUCCCCACUCCCCGCCCGGGAGGGUGCCUGGGGACCCAGAUACCCGGCCUUGCCACCCUGAGUCCGGUAGUCUCCACCUCUUGCCGGUGGAGCGGACCCCAGCCCUACCACCUAAGAGUACCACUCAUCGUAGCUAGAUCGAGUCUCCUGGAAGCCCUCCUGGAACCCCGCCCCCGCUGCUACCUGAACCACAGGGCCCUCCUGGCCCGAGACUCCGCCCCCCAAGGACUCCGCCCCUCUCCCGGAAUCACUCCGUCACAGACCCGCCUCCUCCCCGCCCCUCUUGGCCCCAGCCUCCGCCCUCCGGUCCGGGCGGGGCUCCGAGUUUGAACCGCGCGGCGGGCCGGGCUUCUGAGCCGGGUCGGGCCCAUAGGCGGCGGCGCCGAGCAGGCAGUCUGCGGCGCGCGGCACCAUGUCCCCGGGCAGUGGGGUGAAGAGCGAGUACAUGAAGCGCUACCGGGAGCCGCGCUGGGACGAGUAUGCGCCAUGCUACCGCGAGCUGCUGCGUUACCGCCUGGGCCGCCGGCUGCUGGAGCAGGCCCACGCGCCCUGGCUCUGGGACGCUUGGGGCCCGGACAGCCCCUCAGACAGCUCGGCUUCCCCCAGUCCGGCGCCCAGGGGCGCGUUAGGGGAGCCCUCGGCACCUUCCGCGCGGGAGGAGGAGCAGACGGUGGGGGAGCGCGGAUCGGAGCUGCGGGGCGCGGAGGUUGGGGACGCGGAGGAGCACGACACAGUGCUACCAGCACCACCGAAAGAAGACACAGAAGAAAAACCUGAGCAACAGACCAGGACAAAAGAGACUCACAGGUCGCCCGUUGGUCCCGAACCUCGACAACAGCCUAGUGCCUUAUUUGCCAGAGCAAGUAAGAAAGCAACCAGGAGCCCCCAAAGAUCAACGAGCAAAAUAAAAGAGAACAAGCACCCAUUCGCUCUUUACGGCUGGGGAGAGAAACAGAUGGACACAGGGAGCCAGAAGACGCACAAUGUCUGUGCAUCGGCCUCUGUGCAUGAGAUCCAUGAAUCAGCACUUCGUGCCAAGAACAGAAGACAGGUGGAGAAAAGGAAACAGGCUGCCCAGAGGCAGCGGGCUCACUCCGUGGAUGUGGAAAAGGACCGGAGGGUAAAGCCAACUUCCGCAGAGAACCCGUGGCUGACAGAGUACAUGCGAUGCUACUCGGCAAGGGCGUAGAUGUUGGGACAUCCUCUUUCAAGUGUUUGUGAAAGACAAAGAAAACAAAAACUAUCAGAUGGGACCACGCACAGGUGGAAGAAACGGACUGGUCCUGCAAGGCUCCUCUUAGGAAUUUUCAAGAGAUGUUUUGCUUUCAUGAUGGUUGGUCACCUGCCUGAGUAGUUAGGGCAGACCAUUGAAGCCAUAGCUGUUGGCUUGUUUAUGAAGACAAGUCCCCAAGUCUUGA